UCUAUAAUUGUUAGACAGCGUCCAUAGAAACGUCACUAAUAAGAUUCGGUCACGGCUGUAUUGUAGUUCCUGUAGAACGGGAAGGAAUUAUCUAAUAGUUAUAUAUGUAUAUCUCUACGUCUUCGGCUUCAUUUCAAAAUCAAUGAGUGAGGACACUGCAUGGCGAGGAGACCGGCGAGGAUACCGGCGAGGAGACUGAUGAGUUCAGCUGGUGAUUACUGAAUGUGAAGUGGGGGGAGGCGAGGAAGGCUUAAUGCUGUCAAUACGACGAAAGGUGUUUAGAACAGCUGUAGUAGUGUGUUUGGCUUGGAUAGCUCUUGUAAUUCAUUUUAAAGUUAAAACGCCUACUUUGACCGAUCGCCUGGUAGAUAAGAAACUAAAACGAGUUCAAUAUCACGACUUCGAUGAAGCAUUUAUAAAAAGGGAGAGAAAAUCUGCCAUUAUCUAUAUUAACAAUCCCGCCCACUGGCUGAACGACUGGAUAGGCACAGGAUGGGGGACUUCGGACGUCUUCAAAAGGUGUCCUAUUUCUAACUGUGUCUUAUCAAAAGACGAAAGAGUGUUUCCUGAAAGUGACGCAGUUAUGAUUAGACCGUUUGAUUUAAAAUGCCAUAAGAAGCAGAAACUUGGUCAGGUCUGGAUAUUGAUGGAGCAUGAAGCUCCGAUGAGUUUCGACUUUCCACCCGGUAGAAAUAUAAAGCCAUGUCAUAAAAAACUAUUUAACUGGACGUUUACCUACAGGCGCGAUUCUGAUUUCACACUAGAACACGGGUUCUUCAAGAAGAGGCCGGAUGAAUACGAUUCAAAGUCACUGGAACGUUCGAUCAUAUCUAAAAGUAAAAGUGCGGUUGGCUUUAUAAGCAGUUGCGGCGUGAGUUCACAGCGCGGUUUGUACGUGAAUAAAUUAAGAGAUAAUGGCCUGGAUCUUGAUAUUUUUGGAGCGUGUGGGAACUUGAAAUGUCGAGGUGACAACAGACACAAGACCUCAUGGAAUACUUCAGGUGCUAGAAAUGAAUGUUUCGAUGUGAUGAACUCUAAGUACAAAUUUUACCUCUCGUUCGAAAAUUCGCUUUGUGUUGAUUACGUCACCGAAAAAUCACUCAACCUGAUAAUGAGCCGAGACAUUGUUCCAGUGAUCCGUGACGGUGCCAACCACUCCAUUUACCACCCUCCCGGGUCUUACAUACAUACCAGUGACUUCUCUAGUCCAAAACAACUAACUGAAUUCAUAUUGAAUGUUGCAAAGAAUGAAACAAAAUAUCGUAAAUAUUUUGAAUGGAGAAAUCACUAUACCAUUCACGGAAUCAUUGACGUAUUACAGAGGAUUUUUUUGUGA